AUGAGAGUUCUUCAGAUCAACACAAAUCGGUCUAAAUCGGCCCACGAUCUCGCCCUAAGCACAGCAAUGAAUAUGAGAGCAGGAAUAUUAGUCCUGUCUGAACCCAACAAAAGGAGCAUAGAAGGCAGAAACGACUGGGUAUUCGACGAGUCAGUAGAUACCGCUAUAAAGGUACUUGAUAAAAGUAUCGCCAUUAAAGAGCAGGGAAAAGGAACUGGUUUCUUCUACGUAGCAACGACAUCAUUUACUAUAUACAGCUGCUAUGCCUCCCCAAACAAAAAAGUUGAAGAACUGGAAGCACUUCUCCAACAAAUCGGAAACUGCAUCAGAACUAGAGGAGAAGAAGCCAUAGUUGCAGGAGACUUUAACGCAAAAUCUCCGCAAUGGGGUAUGAAAAGAACUGACGGCAGAGGAAGAAUAAUUACCGAAUGGUUAGCACAAGAUGACCUAAUCGUCAAAAACAAGGGCGAAAACCCUACCUUUGUAAGAAAGAACUACGGGUCAAUACUUGAUCUAACAAUCGCUACGACUCAAAUUGGCAAAAAAAUACAUCAGUGGAAAGUCAGUGAAGAAGAAUCCCUCAGUGACCAUAACUAUGUCACCUUUGAAAUCGUGGAAAUACCGAGAUCCGUGCAGAAGAAACGGGAAAAAAUAGGUAAAACAGUUCACAAAAGCCAACCUAUGUACUGGUGGAACGAAGAUAUCGCGAAGCUCCGGAAAGUGUGCAUCGAAAAACGACGGAAGCACACAGGAGCUGCAAAGAAGAAUGUACCUUUGCAGACGCAGAAACUGUGGAAGGAAUAUGUGUGCAGCAAGAAAGAGCUACAAGGAAGUAUUAAAGCAGCAAAAAAGAAAGGCUGGACUACUGUUCGUGACGAAAUAGACAGAGAUGUAUGGAGAAAAGGAUACGAAAUAGUGCGCAACUUCGUUCAUUCUCAGCUGCUGUACGCAGCUCCAGUCUGGCACAAGGCGAUCAAAAAAAAAAAACAUCUCCGAAGAAAACUCGAGAGGGUACAAAAAGUAGCCGGCAUACGAGUAGCGAGUGCGUACCGGACGAUCUCAACCGAGGGAAUAGGAGUCAUUGCCGAAAUACCACCCAUAGAACUCUUAGUGCAAGAGAGGGUAGAAACUUACGAAGGAAAACCGCGGAAAGAAGCGAGAGAAGACCUUAUGGUUAAGUGGCAAGAAAAGUGGAUGACGGGCACACACGGGCGGUGGACGUGGCACUUACUACCAAAGAUACAAAAGUGGAUCGAACGCGGACAUGGAGAAACGGACUAUUUUCUGACGCAGGCACUUUCAGGACACGGGUGCUUUAGAGAGUACCUCUUCAAGCGUAAAAGAGCAGCCACAGAUAGAUGUCCAUACUGUAACGAAGUCGACGAUCUUAGAUCAGAAAAAAGACGUAGUAUCCGAGCCUGCGGCAGUUCUCAAUAG